UGAUCGAUCAGUCUGCCGCACGUGCUGUAGCUGUGCGGAUUGUUUGAACUUAACCUUAAAAUUUUUAUCGCUGUAAAUUUUUUCGUUUUGGUAACAGAAUAUAUCACAGAUUUUUCCUUGCGAAAAAUAAUAUAAAAUUAAAGGAAAUUUUAACGGGAUACUUUUGAUAAUAUCUAACGUCGAUCGUGUAAAGCUAAUUUCUUAAAAUGGCGAAAAUCAAAAGAAAAACAUCUACGGAGGAGAGUCUGCAAUUCAUCCGACAAUCUUUAAAGUCGGAUGAAAUGGAUCACCUCGAAGGUACCCAUUUUGAUAGACUUUUACCACACGUGUUUGUAACACUCGGAGCUUCUGGAGAUUUAGCGAAGAAAAAGAUCUAUCCGACGCUUUGGUGGCUUUUCCGAGACAAUCUUUUACCAAAAACAACGACAUUUUUCGGUUAUGCCAGAAGCAACAUGACUGUUAAACAAUUGCGAGAAAAGUGUCAUCCCUAUAUGAAAGUUAAACCGGAUGAGGAAUAUAAAUACGAGGAAUUUUGGAAAUUGAAUUAUUACGUUAGUGGUUCCUACGAUUCGGAGGAACAUUUUAGAUUGUUGAACAACGAACUGCAAAAGCAAGAACAAGUCUCGAUGGCCAAUAGACUUUUUUAUUUGGCUUUGCCACCCACCGUUUUUGAAACGGUUACUGUGCACAUUAGGAAAGUUUGUAUGGGACAAAAAGGUUGGACAAGAAUUAUCAUAGAAAAACCAUUCGGCCGAGACGCGCUUUCAUCGAAACGUCUUUCUGAUCAUCUUUCAUCACUUUUCAACGAAGAACAGAUUUAUCGGAUAGAUCAUUAUCUUGGGAAAGAGAUGGUUCAAAAUCUAAUGACUUUGAGAUUUGGAAAUAGGAUAUUUAAUCCAAGUUGGAACAGGGAUAACAUAGCUUCCGUACAGAUAUCGUUUAAGGAACCAUUUGGUACUCAAGGAAGAGGUGGAUAUUUCGAUGAAUUUGGUAUAAUUAGGGAUGUAAUGCAAAAUCAUUUGCUGCAGAUACUCUCACUCGUUGCAAUGGAGAAACCUGCCUCGUGUCAUCCAAAUGAUAUUAGAGAUGAGAAGGUUAAAGUCUUAAGAUGUAUAAAACAAUUAGAAUUGAACAAUGUAGUUUUAGGACAAUACGUGGGAAAUCCAGAAUCGAACAACCCCGAGGCCCAAUCAGGAUAUUUAGAUGAUCCUACGGUACCAAAAGGUUCAAACACUCCAACUUAUGCAUUAGCGAUACUAAAGAUUAAUAAUGAACGAUGGGAUGGCGUACCCUUUAUUCUUCGAUGUGGGAAAGCUCUGAACGAGCGUAAGGCCGAAGUUAGAGUUCAAUAUCAAGAUGUACCCGGUGAUAUAUUCGAUGGUAAAACAAAAAGAAACGAAUUGGUUAUAAGAGUACAACCUGGCGAAGCAUUGUACGUUAAAAUGAUGUCAAAAUCACCUGGUAUUACGUUUGAUAUGGAAGAAACGGAAUUAGAUCUCACUUAUGGUAAUAGAUACAAGGAUUUGAAAUUACCUGACGCUUAUGAAAGAUUGAUUUUGGAUGUUUUUUGCGGAUCACAAAUGCAUUUUGUACGUAGCGACGAACUUUACGAAGCGUGGAGAAUUUUUACACCCUUGCUACAUCAAAUUGAAAAUGAGAAAAUACAACCGAUUCCUUAUAAAUAUGGCUCUCGCGGACCAAAAGAAGCCGAUGAUAAAGCAAAACAAAAUAAUUUUGCUUAUUACGGUUCCUACAAAUGGAUAUCUUCAUGAAAUAAUAAAGAAGAUUAAAUUUAUAUCAUUGUGAAACUGAUAAAAAUAUAAAAACCAAUUUAUUCUUAUACAAUCUGCGAUUGUGAGCUAUCAAGAUUUUGUACAAUAAUUAAGAUGGCAUUUCUGUAAUUUUGUACACAUUAUUUAUGAAAUUUUCUACAUUGAUGACAUAUAUAUACAUAUAUUUUGGUAUUACA